GCAGUGAGAUGUUUGUCCGUCGCCGCCGCCGCCGCCAUCGCGGAGGAGCGCGAUAAAGGCCGCCGAGCCGGGCGUGAGGGGCGCCCCGCGGAGCCGCCGCGCCGGCGCAGCGCCUCGGCCGAGCCCGCCGAGCCGCGGGAGCCGCCGGAGCCCGAGCCCCGAGCCCGAGCCCCGGCCCGAGCCCCAGCCGCCGCGUCCGCGGCCGGCCAGCCGCCCAGCUCCGCCCGGGGGCCGCGCCGCCGCCGCCCCCAGCGUCGCCCCCCGCCUGCCCAGCCGCCCUUCGAUGUGACACCGGCGCCUCGGAGUGCGAGCCGCAGCCGCCGCCGGGGACGGGGCCGAGCACCAUGUCGAAUCUGAGCAAAGGCACGGGCAGCCGGAAGGACACCAAGAUGCGGAUCCGGGCCUUUCCGAUGACCAUGGAUGAAAAAUAUGUAAACAGCAUUUGGGACCUUCUGAAAAAUGCAAUUCAAGAAAUCCAGCGUAAGAAUAACAGUGGUCUUAGUUUUGAGGAGCUCUAUAGAAAUGCAUAUACAAUGGUUUUGCAUAAACAUGGAGAAAAGCUCUACACUGGACUAAGAGAAGUUGUUACAGAACAUCUCAUAAAUAAGGUGCGAGAAGAUGUACUAAAUUCAUUGAAUAACAACUUUCUUCAAACACUAAACCAAGCUUGGAAUGAUCAUCAAACUGCCAUGGUGAUGAUUAGAGACAUAUUAAUGUAUAUGGACCGUGUGUAUGUACAACAAAAUAAUGUGGAGAAUGUCUACAAUUUGGGAUUAAUUAUUUUUCGAGACCAAGUAGUACGUUACGGGUGUAUUAGGGAUCAUCUUCGGCAAACUCUGUUGGAUAUGAUUGCAAGAGAGCGUAAAGGAGAAGUUGUAGACAGAGGCGCAAUAAGAAAUGCUUGCCAGAUGUUAAUGAUUUUAGGUCUCGAAGGAAGAUCAGUCUAUGAAGAAGAUUUUGAGGCUCCUUUUUUGGAAAUGUCUGCAGAAUUUUUUCAGAUGGAAAGCCAGAAAUUCUUAGCAGAAAACAGUGCUUCCGUAUAUAUAAAGAAAGUAGAAGCUAGAAUUAAUGAAGAAAUAGAACGAGUGAUGCACUGUCUUGACAAAUCAACUGAAGAGCCAAUUGUGAAGGUGGUUGAGAGGGAACUCAUUUCCAAGCAUAUGAAGACCAUUGUAGAAAUGGAGAAUUCUGGCCUAGUACAUAUGUUGAAAAAUGGAAAAACAGAAGACCUUGCUUGCAUGUACAAGCUAUUUAGUCGUGUGCCAAAUGGUUUGAAAACAAUGUGUGAAUGUAUGAGUUCCUAUCUGAGGGAGCAAGGAAAAGCCCUUGUUUCUGAGGAAGGAGAAGGAAAAAAUCCUGUCGACUAUAUCCAGGGCCUGUUGGAUCUGAAGAGUAGGUUUGAUCGCUUCCUCCAGGAAUCAUUUAAUAAUGACCGGCUGUUUAAACAAACUAUUGCGGGUGACUUUGAGUAUUUUCUGAACCUCAACUCCAGGUCUCCGGAAUACCUCUCAUUAUUUAUUGAUGAUAAGCUGAAAAAGGGAGUAAAAGGGCUGACCGAACAAGAAGUAGAAACGAUAUUGGAUAAAGCAAUGGUCCUUUUUAGGUUUAUGCAAGAAAAAGAUGUAUUUGAACGUUACUAUAAACAACACUUGGCAAGGAGACUGCUCACAAAUAAAAGUGUUUCUGAUGACUCUGAAAAAAACAUGAUAUCCAAGCUAAAGACUGAAUGUGGAUGUCAGUUCACAUCAAAACUGGAAGGAAUGUUUAGGGAUAUGAGCAUCUCAAACACAACUAUGGAUGAAUUCCGGCAGCAUCUGCAGGCAACAGGGGUGUCCUUAGGCGGUGUUGACCUCACAGUCCGGGUGCUUACAACAGGGUAUUGGCCCACUCAGUCAGCCACACCAAAGUGCAACAUCCCACCAGCACCAAGACAUGCUUUUGAGAUAUUCCGAAGGUUCUACCUAGCUAAACACAGCGGCCGUCAACUCACACUCCAGCAUCAUAUGGGUUCUGCAGAUCUCAAUGCUACUUUUUAUGGGCCAGUUAAAAAGGAAGAUGGAUCUGAAGUUGGUGUUGGAGGUGCUCAAGUAACUGGCUCUAAUACACGGAAGCACAUUUUGCAAGUUUCCACUUUCCAGAUGACCAUAUUAAUGCUUUUUAAUAAUAGAGAAAAAUAUACAUUUGAGGAAAUUCAACAAGAGACAGAUAUCCCUGAAAGAGAGCUUGUCAGAGCCCUCCAGUCCCUCGCCUGUGGUAAACCAACACAGCGGGUUCUCACCAAAGAGCCCAAGUCAAAGGAGAUAGAGAAUGGUCACAUUUUUACAGUCAACGAUCAGUUCACCUCCAAACUACACAGAGUCAAGAUUCAAACAGUUGCUGCCAAACAAGGCGAAUCUGAUCCAGAAAGGAAAGAAACAAGGCAGAAGGUAGACGAUGACAGAAAGCACGAGAUAGAAGCUGCUAUAGUGCGGAUAAUGAAGUCUAGGAAGAAGAUGCAGCACAACGUUUUAGUAGCAGAGGUAACUCAACAGUUGAAGGCUCGAUUCUUACCAAGCCCAGUUGUUAUUAAGAAACGUAUUGAAGGACUAAUUGAAAGAGAAUAUUUGGCACGAACACCUGAGGAUCGCAAAGUAUACACAUAUGUAGCAUAAAAUGCGUCCAGAUAUUUGAUUUACUCUUGAACUGUACUCUUCGCAUGGACUGGGAAGUUCUUUUAAAUCAUUACUGUUAAGACGACCAUCUCUUCUAUUAAAUUGCAGUACAUGUUCUAGACCAUUCAGAUCAAGCCUUUACUCCCUUGGAGAGUUUCAACAUCAGUUGAUUGAGCUUCAGGCUUUACAACGUUAUCCCUGUAGAGAUCAUCUUUACAGUUCCUCGGGAAAAUGUGAAUGUGCCGCGUUUUGUUUUCAAUACUGUAUGAAAACAGGAAAAAAUAAAACAAAAUUUAGAAUACAGCUCAUUAAAAUAAAAUUGUUGAAUUUCAUUUCCCCAGGUCUUCAGUGUUGAUGUAAAUGUGUUUCUGUAGUGUUGCUUAGCACUUUGCGCAUAGUGUAAGUUGGGUAACAGAAACAGCAAAAGAAAUGCAGAAUUCCCAAUUCUCUUGCUCUGCUUAAGACAUUUCUUUAGCUAGCUCUUAAUUUAAAAGUUUGAUAAAUAUACAAAGACCCAGGCAUACAAUUUAAGCAUGCUUUAUCUUACCACUUGCACUUACUAAUCUUAUAGCCUUAUGACCGGGAACUUUUGUUUUGGGCUGAAUAUACCCUGAGUUGGUUUUUCCUAUUGUAAUUUGAGACUUCCCAAAUUAAGUCUUAAAAUGAUUAGGUUUUGUUCUGACUUAUUUCUAGAGAAAGAAAAUAUUUUAGUAUGUAUAAAUUGUACAAUACUUUUUGCUGUUGUACUCACUGCUGAUAGUGGAUUGUAUAGGGUGAUGUUUUUAUUUCAUUUAUUGUAGACAAAAAUAAAUGAAUUUAGUAUACACAUACCCACUAAUUCAAGUAUGUCAGAGCACAAAGUUGGCAGCUGGUUAUGUUUAAUUCAGCCCCCUUUGAAAAGCACAUAUAGUCUGUACUUUGUUAAUAAAUAUUUUAGGUUCCCUCCUCCCUAAAUAUAUAUUUUGUGAAACUGUGGUACACUAUCAAUUUUUGUUUAAAAAUGCAAUAAAUAUGAUUACCUUGAUAGUUAAAAAAAGAAACUUCAAUUCUUGCAGCUGUGUUUUGGAAAGUGAUUAAGCAAUAUUUAUCAAACCUGAUGACUCUUGGAUGUUUAGCUCUUAUCCUCCAAAGAGUCAUCGUUUCAUGUUUUCAGAGAUGGCUCAAUGCCGAAGAGUGCUGUCAGUUAUCCUGUGCUUCCAGCUUCCACCAAUGUUUACCUGAUUGAUCUGCCAACGAUUAUAGUUUAUUUUAACUUCAGAGUAUUUUUAUCUUUGGUUUUAUUUAAUUUUGUUUAAUUUGUUUUCAUAAGAUAGUGUAUCUGAUGUAAUUGGGGCAUACCACUAUAGAUUUCUGUUGGAUAGAAAAAUGAAAUGUUGCUGAUAAUUUCAAGUAACUGGCCCUUCAUUGACUUUCGAUGCUGUUUCGUACAUUUAUUAGAGUGUAUGUCUCGGAAGAUGAUUUCUGUUUAAACUUAUGGUCAAGUUACAACAACUGAAUUCUAAUAUGGAUUAAAAACUCCACAUAAAUAUUUUUCCCCUUGCGUCUUGGAUUAUACUUUUAUAUUCACAAAUAUACUUCCAUUGCAUUAAGUUUUUUCUCUGUAUUGUAGAAUUAUGCUCUUGAUCUCUACAUUUUCCACUUUUAUAUCAUGCAAUGAAGAGGCCGGUGAGAACUGUCAUAAACUCAGGACACUUCACCAUGCAAUGUCAGUCACUGCGACAUGGAAAACGUGAAGGGUUUAUUUCACUUUCUGAAUUUGACGUAAUUGAAAUUUCCUCUGAUGGUAAGAUGUUUAUCUGUAGGAAAGUAUUGUAUUUCAGGCUUGAGAGUUCCUUGUACUGCUCUUAGUUCCAAAUUAAAUUGUGUUUUAACAGCUUGAAAACAUAGUGACAGCUGAGAUUGUACCAAAUUACUAAAUAGGAAAGAUAUAAAAACAAGUAACUUGAAAUAUCCUGAAGGAAACAUUAAACAAGGAUUUACUUGUGUAAUGCUUUAAAGUUUAUAAAGUUAACUUUUUCCUGGUUUCAGUUGUGGCUGUGUAGAUCAAAUCCAGAAUUAAGAAGCAAGACUUGUUAGUUUUGUAACACAGGUCUGAUGGUGUUUAUAAUUCUAAAUGCUUACAAAUGCAUGAAGAUAGUUUUCUGAAUUGCA